AAUUAGUGGAGGGAGGGAGUAAUUGGGCAUCUUCUCAAGAAUUUUAUCCCUCUCUAAUUAGCAAAAUUAGACCAAAAGCAAAAGAGGGAUGGAUAAUUGAACCAGUUAUAGGACUUUGUGGUAGAGAGUAGAGAGAGAAUGACGACAACAAAAGAAUCUCCGGCGGUGGCAGCUGCCUCAAUCUCCAUUGAUGUACCUGCGGAAUACUCCAAAGCAGUCAUUCAAUUUGUCAAUCGAAUGGGAGCUGCUGAAACAUUCAAACCACAACACAACGUGGACGACGCUUUCUCCAACCUUAUAGGAGGAGUUCUUAAGGUUAUCUCAAUCGAAAGGGGAAAACUCUCCUGCUCCCUCGAUGUCAAGGCUCCAAUUUUGAAUGCUUAUGGUGGAAUGCAUGGAGGUGCUGUUGGGGCUGUAGCUGAGAGGGUUGCCAUUGCUUGUGCUAGAACAGUCGUUGGAGAAGACAAAGAUCUCUUUCUUGGAGAACUAGGCUUGUCAUAUCUCUCUGCUGCUCUACAUAAUGCUGAAGUAAUCAUUGAUGCCCACGUAGUGAGGAGCGGGAGGAACCUGACAGUAGUUGCAGUUAAUUUCCGACUUAAGGGAUCAGGGCGACUGGCGUUCUUGACUCGUGCCACAUUCUACAAUAUGCCCGUGUCGAGUUUGUGAGAUUAUCAUCCCAGACAUGUAAGAUUUUUUCCCCAUCCGUAAUAUGCAUUCUGUUAGUUCUUACUUGCAAAAAGGAAGGGGUGUGUGUUUAUAUGAUGAAAAAGCAAACCAUGAUUAAGAUAUUGAUGCUUUUCAAUAGCCAUAUAUAGCUUUUCAUGCCAUUGGUUUACAUUUUUGGAGUUCCCUAAUGUGAUCCAGUAUCGUGUUUAUAUACCGUUUGCUUUGUACGCAACGCAUUACGUAUAUAGAUUAUGGCACAUAUUUUGCA